AGGCUUUGCAAUGUCUUCACGGAACAAGUCUUCCACAAAAUCAUUAUUUAUUAAAUUAACAUUAAUAUCAUGUUUAUUUAUAACUUCAAACGCUUUGAAUAUAUUGAAAAUAUCAGAACAAGAUUUAAGUAUUAAAAUCGAUGACAAAAAGACUUUGACUCUUACUUUAGAUACGACAGCUGACAAACAGAUUGCAUUGAAACUUAGUUGCGAUGAUCCGCUGGACGUCUCUAAGUUUAAUACAAGUGACUCCAAGUGUAAAGUCGUCGCCGGCUUUAACCCAUUAUAUUAUAUAAAGCCGUCGGAGAAAAGUAUUGACUUUGAGAUAAAAGGCGUAGAACCGGGUCGACAGACAGUGAUUGUCAACACAGACAACAACCAAACCGACGUUGCGGAUGCGUUCAUUCGUGUGAGUGUGGGUCGGAGUGCAGUGAUAGAUGUGGUGGGAGUAGUGAUCGGAUGGAUGUAUUUCGCCGCGUGGAGCGUCUCCUUCUACCCCCAGAUGUGGAUCAACUAUAAGCGCAAAUCAGUGGUUGGACUCAAUUUCGAUUUCGUGGGCCUAAACAUCACCGGAUUCUUGUUUUACUCGUUCUUCAAUUGCGGUCUCUUUUUCUCGCGACUAAUUCAGGAUCAGUUCGAAGAACUCAACCCAAGGAGUGUAAUACCCGUCGAACUCAAUGAUGUUGUCUUCGCAUUGCACGCCGUCUUCGCCACAGCGAUAGUCAUUAUUCAAUGCUUUAUAUAUGAAAAAGCAGACCAAAAAGUAUCUCUAUUGGCAAAAGGGUUUCUAGUCAUCGUGUGGUCGGUAUCCGUCAUAUUAGCCAUAUUAGUGCCGACCACUCAUUGGUUUAAUUGGUUAACAUUCCUGUAUUACUUUUCAUACGUUAAGUUAUCCAUAACUAUACUUAAAUACAUUCCUCAGGCCUGGUAUAACUACAAGCGUAAGUCCACUACGGGUUGGAGUAUUGGCAAUAUUUUACUUGACUUCACCGGCGGUUCACUCAGUAUUCUUCAGAUGUUUCUAUUGGCCCACAAUUACGAUGAUUGGUUAACAAUAUUCAAGAAUUUUACAAAAUUUGGUUUAGGAAUGGUUUCGAUUUUGUUUGACGUCCUGUUUUUGGUGCAACACUAUGUCCUCUAUAGACAUAGGACUGACUCCGAGACCACUCGACUCACAAAUGGUCUGAAUGUAUGUGAUAUCGAUAAUAAAGAAGGCGUUAUCAAACAAAUACUUCGACAACAGAUUUGGAUUCUAUCGAAGGAAAUGAAUAGAAAUGAUAACAAAAAAGCCGAUAAAUUAUCUCAAUUUUAUGAGUAAUUUGUAUAUAAAAUCUGGUCGUCUUCUGUGAUAUUGUUAUUACCGAUAAAGAAAUGACUAUAUUUUCAAAUGUGAACAACACGUCAAUCAAUGCCUUAAAUUAUAAUUGCAUUUAUAAGUGAAAGUCGUAAACCCUUGAAAGGCCUCUGAAGUCCACAAUAAUAAAAACUUUGUGAUAAAAAAGACAAUUUUUAUUUACAUUUUGUUUAUAACACUAUUUUUAAGGUUUUUUAUAAAAUCUAUGCGAG